CCGCACGACGUCCGGAUUUAAUUUGAAGACGGACCACUUCCGGUCCAGCUGUCAACAGACCCCGCAGCACACGUGUUUCCACAGUUAAAAUGCCGAAGAUUCAGAGGGGAAAACCUGCGGAGAAAGUGGUUCAUCCGUACAGCCGGAAGGCAGCUUAUAUGGCCCGAGAGGAGUGCAGACUUAGGAGGAAAGAGAGGCAAAAGACUGAGAAAGCUACUCGUCUAAGCAACAUUGGUGAGAAGCUCUUGUGGUUUCAGAGUGAGCUGGAUCCAGCUAAGGCGACUUACACAAAAAAAGACGCCUGCGACAUCAUUGAGAGAUACCUCCACAGAUUUGACUCUGAACUUGAGCAGAUUGAACUCAUGAAUGGGAUCAAAGGUCGGCAGGGUCGUCUCCAUGGCGCCAGAGAGGCCGUAAUCAAACAGACCAUCGAGCGAGAGCGGGCACAGUUUGAGGGUGUCGGUUUCGAAAUCCCCGACAUCAUCAACGGAAAACAUCUGAAGACCUUUAGAGAGUGGACUGGGGACCUGAAGAAACUUCCGAAUAUUAAACUGCGCAAGGUCUCGAACAAAAGUUUAGAGUCAAAGAAGGAAGGAGAGGAGAAACACGAGGGCGAGGAGAAUCAGGAGAAUGAUGAUAAUGAGGAAGAUGGAAGCGAUUUGGACAGUGAGCAAAUGGAUGAGAUUUCAGACUCCCACUGAGACUCUUCAUGUUGGACCUGCUGGAGUAUUAAGACUUUCAGCACACUUAAUGUGAUGUGUGAGAAAAUGCUGCUGCUAUUCCUGGACCGUCCACGAGAUGGUGCUACAGCCUCAAAUAGCAAAGUCAGAUUUUUUUUUUUCCAGUCUGAACUCCUGCUAAAAGUUUCUCAGUGACUUCACACCAGCCUUUCAGAGGUUUCUACAUUCAUCAUUUAUUGCACAAACAAAUAUGCGUUUCAUGUAACCAGAAUGCUCUGUUUUAUUUAGAAAAUAGCGGUUGCGGUGGGUUUAAAACACAGAGGAAACUGUAUUUUCUGUGAGGUGAGAAACCAAAUCGAGACUAUAAAAGUGGUCACGUGUGAGUAACAGUCGCUUUGAGUAGGCCGACUUUGUGUUGGUUCGAAUCAAGAGAAAUGCUCAUAAUCUAAUGUAAAAACAUGAAUGGGGGGAAACCAUGAAAGCUCUAGUUACAUCGAUAUAUAAAUAAAGGUUGUCCAGCUCAGGACCUCCGAAGCUGCAAA